CACAGAUGCUCUCCCUAUUUCCUACAAAACGCAGUGGACUGAGUUAAUUUUCACAUAAUCUGUCCACAAGAGCUAAGAAGAGUGUUCCACACAAAGAGGAUGCAGAAUUGCUCUCAGUGGUGAGGUGGAAUGCAAAUUCACAAUUCUUAUUUUAAAUUCAAGUUAGACUAUAAACCACUGACCUUACAAAGUCUGGACUUACAAUCCCUUUUGACAAUUUUCAUCAUUGGAUGGUUAAAGUCUCAUGAAGGGAAUCUUCUUGGCAAGGGAUCAAGUACUCACUAAUCUGAAGGCAUUUGGUAAAUCAUACUGUAGGCAGGAUCUGCGCUGAGAUCUUCCUUCACAAUUUCUGCAGAGGUUGACUCUUCAUCCCACUGUUGUUAGGAGGACCAAAUUAAUGCUAUGGUGGAAACAACUCCAACUGCAGUGAACUCAGCGAAUAAUUCUGGACUGUCCUUUUGUCACAAUGGCUUGGAUCUCAGCAUACCCUCAGAAGGAUCAGAGGCUGCUUUUUCUCUGGGCUCAGGGUGCAAUGGGUCAAUUGUCAAAGAGCAACCAAGCCCUCCACUGCUGGUUGAUGCCUGGCUCGUUCCUCUGUUUUUUGCCCUAAUUAUGUUGGUAGGGCUGAUAGGAAACUCUUUAGUGAUUUAUGUGGUUACUAAGCACCGACAGAUGAGGACUGUCACCAAUUUUUACAUAGCAAAUCUGGCAACAACAGAUAUCAUAUUUCUGGUUUGCUGUGUGCCUUUCACUGCUACUCUCUACCCACUGCCAAGCUGGGUGUUUGGAGACUUUAUGUGCAGAAUUGUGAACUAUCUGCAACAGGUAACAGCCCAGGCAACAUGCAUCACCCUAAGUGCGAUGAGUGUUGACCGCUGUUAUGCCACGGUCUACCCACUGCAAUCACUGCGCCACCGCACUCCCAGAGUAGCGAUGGCCGUUAGUGUGAGCAUCUGGCUAGGUUCUUUUGUUCUGUCUGUGCCAGUUGCCAUAUACCAGAGGCUGGAGUCAGGAUACUGGUAUGGACCUCAGACGUACUGCACAGAAUCUUUCCCUUCAGCAUACCACCAGAAGGCUUUCAUUCUCUAUACCUUCCUGGCCGUUUACCUUCUACCCCUUAUUACCAUCUGUUUUUGCUAUGCAUUCAUGCUGAAAAGAAUGAGCAGGCCAGUUGUUGAACCAGUAGAUAACAACUAUCAGGUCCAGCUUUUGGCAGAGAGGUCGGAAGCCAUGCGCACAAAGAUUUCCAAGAUGGUGGUUGUGAUCGUCGUGCUCUUUACUAUCUGCUGGGGCCCCAUUCAGUUCUUCAUCCUCUUACAGGCCUUCUACUCCAACUUUCGUAGGAGCUAUGCGACAUACAAGAUCAAAAUAUGGGCUCACUGCAUGUCCUACUCCAACUCAUCUGUCAAUCCGAUUGUGUAUGCUUUCAUGGGGGCCAACUUCAGAAAGUCCUUUAAAAAGGCCUUUCCUUUCAUCUUCAAACAGCGCGUCGGCACCACUGGAGUUGCAGCUGUGAACACUGAAAUGCAAUUCGUUUCAUCGGGAACAUAAAUAUGACAAAAUGUUAUGAGCUUUUUAAAAAUUUGAUGACAGACAAGAUAACAAAAGAUCGAAAUUUUAACACUUAAUAAUGUGUAUUUUUGUCACUUGUGUCAGCCAGCUUGGACAAAACAGAUAAUGUUACGUUGCAAAAUUAUGCAACUCUCUUUCAUCUUUACCUGUGUUGAAAAAAAAAAGAUCAUGCUCUUGUCUAUUAUUUCCACAAGAUUAAAUUCUGUUGGAUUCUGAAUUAUUUGUAUCUUUUUGCCCCUUAACAAGACCAGGAUUAGAACUAUCAUUUUAUUUUUGUUUCGUGACUGAAAUUACAUGAACUGUUUCAUAGUGUUGUGAGAAGAGUGUCAUUUAGUUGUCCAAAUAUCAGGAGAAAAAAGUUUAAUGAGAGGGGGAAACAAUUUAAGUGCUCUACAAAAUUAAAUCACUUUAAAUGCAGCAGCAAAAUACAGGGUUGUUGUUUUUUUUUGGCCACAACACUGGAUCAGAGACUUAGAUUAAUUUUCACAGUUUAAAACAAAACUACAGCUUUAGGUCAUAUUUCAAUAUGAGCAUGAGGUGCUAAUCUGACCUGGCAUUGGGUGUCCUUCUACAGGCGUGUACAGAGAGUAGUUGCACUCUCCAAUCCACUGACCAUGAGAACUUCUUUAAACAGCAGAAUAGUAUUCGUGCAAAACUGGAUCAAUGUGAGGUGACAGAGGCAGACUUCUUACUGAUCAGAUAUUUGAAACUGGUUGGACUAGAAAAUGACUCCCCUGCUACUGAAAACAGAGCUGUUGGGCUUCUAAUGUCCACACCAUACAAAGAACUCCUCUCCAAUAUAUCUUUAAAACAAUGGCACUUCUCAAGGUGCUUCGUCCUGUACUAUACUGUGCUGAAAGUUCCUUUGCUCAUUUAAAAAAAGCUUUAUCAUGUUGAUAUGUGCCUUUUUUGUAAUU